CUGGUGUAUACUUAUCCAAUAUGGCUGCAAGUAAAAAAUUUUAACGAAAAAAAAAUCGGAGAAAAAUGCAUCUUGCAUUGAAAUUUGUGCUCGCAUUUUAAGCAAAUAAAUCAAAAAACCGUAAACAAGACAAAGGCGAAUACGAAAACACCGGAAAACCGAGUGCGCGUUAAGAAAUCUGUGCGGAAAAGAGAUAAACGUAUAAAUACGCCGGUGGCCCCGCCAAAAAAAAGAGACUCCCCCCUUCCACUUUUGCAAAGUGAUUGCUUCCUUUUGAGAAAAAAACGAAAAAACGAAAAUAAAUAGAAUAAAAUCCAAGCGUAAUGGAGGCAGACAUAACGCCCGUGGCAGAAACUAAUGGAACCGCCGGUAUUAGUCCCGAGCUGCGCGAGAAUGCUCAGGGAAACCCGGAGCCACAGCAACAGGAAAGCGUCAAAUCCCUGGAUGGCGGCGCUGGAGCUGUGGGCGGGAUUAUGGAUUACCUAGAGGAUUCGGAAGCCACUACUGGAAAUCAGGGGGCAGAGGCGGAAUACCUGGACGAGGAAAUGCCAACGGAGGAGGAGAAGGAAGCCGAUGCAUCAGGCAGUGCAGGCGGAGAGGAGGCGGAGACUAGCAAUAUCGAGGAUUCCGAGAAAACUGCAGCUGCCGAUGGCGGUGAAGAGCAGCUAAAAUCCGGUGAAGAGGGUGACAAGGAAUCUGAAGAUGCUGCAGCAGCUGAGGAAAAAGAAGAGGCAGAAGUCACUGGAGAAGAAACAACAAAAAAGGUGACUGAAGCAACCGCUGGCGAAGAAGGAGACGAGGAUGAAGCCGCCAAGGGAGAAGGAGAAGGUCCAGAAGCCGACAAGGAUGAGGAAGAAGGUGAAGACGAAGCAGAAGAUGAAGGCGAAGAUGCCGACGGCGAAGAAGCCGACGAAGAAGAUGAAGAUGGAACUGAAGAUCCCACCGAGGAAGGAGAAGAAGUUCUAGAGCCCGAGGCCAGCGACGAAGAGGGCGAACUAAUCACCGGCGAUGAGCCCGGCGAACAUGUCGAUGGCGAGGCCACAGCAGCUCCCACUCGCGAGCGCAAAAUAGAGGAGGUGGUGGAUGAGAACCAGUGCCGCGUCUGCACCAGCAAGGAGGAUCUAGUCGACCUGUUCAAAAAGCAAAUCGAUGCCACGCCCGCGGACAUGCUGCUGGUCAUAUGCCCCAGUGUCUCGAUUUUGCCCAAGGACUUUAUGCCCCAGUUCAUCUGCACUAAGUGCCUGGAGAGCCUCACCAUUGCCAUACAGCUGCGGAAGCAACUGGAGACCACGGACCAGGAUCUGCGCAAGCGCUUGUCCCGCAGCAAGAACAAGGUGCGGCGUCCCCGCGGCUACGUGGUCAUCGAUGCACCAGUGACCGAUUCCAGUGAGGAUGAGGAGGAGCUCGACGACGAGUUCAAGGUAUCCGAUGUCGGUGGAUCGACAAGUGCGGAUAGCGAUUCCGUAGACUCUGAUGCCAGUUCGCAAAUGAAGGAGAAGAAGAAGCCAGGACGUCCGCGAAAGACCCCAAUGAAGAGGAGUAAGGAGGAGGACGACGAUGAGGACUCGCCCAGUGUCCCGAAGAAGAAGUAUCCAACCACACCGGCAGCGUCUGUCGGUCCAUUUGAGUGCGAACACUGCGACUUGACCUUCUCCCGCAAGCAAUCCUAUGUGCUGCACCGCAAGACCCACGAACGGACGGAACACACUUGCCCCAUUUGCGGCAAGAAGUUCAAGGUGGAGUGGGCCUACAAGACCCACAUGGAGCGGCAUGAACAGGAGCGUGCGCAGUUCCGCUGUGAGCUGUGCUCCCAGGUAUUCCGACUGCGGGCGGAACUCAAGCGCCAUAUGGCCGUAAAGCAUGACGAGCAUGGCUUCAUCUACGAGUGCAAGCGCUGUCAGAGGACCUUCCUCACAUCGCAACGGUUGCAGCGCCACCAAGCCAUCGGCUGCCAGCGGCCCAGGGAGGAGGUGCGUAUCAAAGAGGAGCCACGUAUCAAAAUGGAGCCACGCAUUAGCCAUUCCCACGGCCAUGGUAACCACGGCAAGCGGCGCCCCGGUGAGGGUAGAGACCUAUUCAAGGCCGUGGCCCCACCAACCACCACUUACUGGAGCGACAGCUUCUCGGACUAGGAUGGCAAAAUGCAGUUUUAAUCAACGAUUUUACGUUUCCCUUUAGAUGUAAGAAAUAUAAGUGCAAACAAAUCACAUUUGUAAUAAAUACAAAAGUAAGAUAGGUGGACACAAUAUGAUGUUUAAAUACACACUUCUAAGCGGUUAAGUGAAAAUAAUCAAAUAAAAACUAUGAUUUAUGGUAAAUACUGUA